AUAAAUCGAAGCGUUAUCAUAACAUGAAACAUAACUAUAUCAUGGCCUUCAAAUGGUUUCACUUUAUUUUUUUAUUUCCUUAUAUUUUUCCUGUUCAAAAUCAAGUAUGUAAUGGGAUGAAAGAGCUUUGCAAUUUACGUAUUGAUCAAGUUACCCUUGCAGGAAGUCAUAAUUCUGGUGCUGGAUUUAACGGAUUUUUAUAUUAUCAUAAAGUUGUUAGAGUACCGGCAUUGAGUUGUGCUUACAAAAAUCAACGACUAAGCAUUACCGGUCAACUUGAUCUUGGCGUUAGAUACUUUGACAUUGAUGUUUGUUGGGAUACCUUCUACAAACCAGAAAGUCCUUGGACGUGUCACCAGCGCGCUUUUGGCGGGUCUAUAAAAGUAAUUCUUGAACAGAUAAACAAUUGGAUGAACAAAAAUAGAAACGACGUAAUUGUUCUUCAUUUUAAUCGCGACUCAACUGACCCUGACAAAGCAGGACCUGCAGUUAUGAAACAGAUUGUAGAUUUAUGGGGUGCUCCAAAAGCUGGGGAAUUAGCAAUUCAAACAAACAAAUAUGCAACUUUAGGACAAUCUAUCUUAGACAAUAAAAGAAUAUAUAUUAUCAUGGCACAAAAAUUAACCAAUAACAUUGCUGACAAAUCUAAUUAUAUCAACGAACAUGAUGUUGGAUUUACCUGGACAAGCAAACAUGGCGCAACACAAAGUGAUGCAAAAGAAUUAAUAGAAGAAAUGGGAGAGAACCGAUGCGAAAGGGAGACGUUUGGGCAUUUUUUUGUAAGGUAUGAUUUGUAUUUGACAUGGGGAUUGUGUAAUGACGAUUUAGCUGCUUUAGUGAAACCAUUUAUACGCCAAGGAACAUCAGGUUGCUAUAAAGGAACAUCGAAACAGAAGAAAACUGUAAACUUCAUACUGGUUGACUAUGUCGAUGAAGAGGUCGUCAACGUGGCAAACGAUCUAAAUAAAAUAAAUAUAAAAACCUUUAUGGGUUAAAUAUAAAAGUUUCAAUCUUA